GCAGCUAGCAUGGUUCUUCAGAGGGCCCAGGAGGCCAAAAUGUCUGGCUCUGAGGGGGUCCUUCCUCAAAGCCAGGCACCGGGUGUAUUCUCACAUGAUGCCUCUAAUUGCUCAGAGAAUUGGCUUGCAAGUGAUCUUCAUUUUCAUUUGCAUUUCUCCUUGUGUACCCCUUCCAUUAUUGGAUGAGCGGGAAUUGCUUCUGGAAAAAGAGAAUGCCCGUCGUACAGGUGGCAACCUUGUGCUUGGAGUAGGGGAAGAAUAUGCAGACGAGAAGCUCAUGAAACUCAAAGAGAAUGAAGUGGUUCAGGCUAGGAAGACUGGACUGUUUCCACCUAGCUUGCAUUUCUUCAAGGCCAAAGCCCUCAUUGACCAAAGUGCUGUGUUCAGCAUCCUGAAAGAGAUGCCAAAAGGUGGUGCACUACACUUACAUGACUAUGCUAUCCUGAGUGUUGAAUGGCUGGUGUACCAUGCCAGCUACCUGCCUGACUGUUACAUCUGCUUCUGCCCUUUGUGGACUGUCCAGUUCAAGUUCUCCAGGCCAGUUCCUCCCAAGAUGAUUCCUUCUGGCUGCUCUGAAUGGGUCUUGCUAGAGACUUACCGCAAGGAGGUGAACAAUGUGACUGAAUUUGAUAAGAGUUUGUUGAGGAACCUAACACUUGUAACAGAUGCCCCAGAAGUGGCCUACCCUACUCAGGCUGUCAUUUGGAAGAAAUUUGAAAAUAACUUCAUCACAGCUUCUGGCCUUAUCAGCUAUGCACCUGUGUUCAAGGCCUAUUUCUAUCAUGGGCUGUUGGAGCUCUAUGAAGAUAAUGUUCAGUAUGCUGAAAUAAGAGCCAUGCUGCCUCCGGUAUAUGAGUUGGAUGGAACCAUACAUAACAAAUCCUGGUCUAUGGCAGCUUACAAAGAUGUGGCCAAGCAAUUUGUAAAGGACCAUCCUGAUUUUGUGGGUGUAAAGAUUAUAUACACAGCACAUAGGGAUCAGGAUGUUUCCAAGAUUAAAGAAGCUGUUAGCACAGCCCUGGCACUCCAAGCUGAGUUUCCAGACACUGUGGCAGGAUUUGAUUUGGUUGGCUGGGAAGAUGGAGGAUACUCCCUCCUGGAGCUGAAGGAUGCCUUGAUCUUUCCACAAACUUUAGGAAAUGAAUUGUCAUACUUUUUUCAUGCUGGUGAGACUGACUGGGAGGGCACCCCUGCUGAUGAAAAUUUGUUAGAUGCUCUGUUGUUGAAUACCAGCCGCAUUGGCCAUGGAUUUGCCUUCACCAAACAUCCAGCAGCCAGAGAUCUAGCUUUGAAGAUGGAUAUUCCUAUAGAAAUCUGCCCUAUUUCCAAUCAGGUCCUGAUGUUAGUGUCAGAUCUGAGGAACCAUCCUGCUGCACUUCUGAUGUCAGAGGGCCAUCGCAUUGUGGUUGCCUCUGACGAUCCACCAAUCUUUGGGGCAAAGGGGGUGUCAUAUGACUUCUAUGAGAUUUUUAUGGGCAUCGGAGGGAUGAGAGCUGAUCUAAGGACUCUGAAACAACUGGCAUUAAACUCUCUAGAAUACAGCAGCAUGACACCCAACGAGAAAGAAAAGGCUCUGCAGAUCUGGCAAAAAAAGUGGGACCAGUUCAUCACUCGGUUCUCUAACACUAUUCCAGGGGUCCAUUAGGAAGGAUGAUGAUCUUUCUCUUGAAGUUGCAAUGAGCUGGCGUUCGAGGCACAGCAGGAAUCUUCUCUCUUCUCCCUGGCACUUCAAUCAGAUGAUUGCUAAAGCGGUCUUGUCACUUGCCCAUUUCAGUUCCUGCGCAAAAUUGUUCUGACCUCAUAGCUGGGGAUUGGCAUUUGGAUCCCGCUCCUCACCCCUCACAAAUUGACAUGAAAAUAACCGCACAGGUUGUUUCCUCAGAGUUGCAAGAACGACCUUGAAGAAGAGAUGUUUUUAUCCUAGAGCCUGGUGUCACAGCCUGCUUUAUAUUUGAAGACACUUAGGAUGAAAUAAAACUACCUGGAUCAAAGA